GUUGGAGCAUGAUGGUGAAGGUUUGUACAGAGAAUUAAUGAUGGAGAAUAUUGUGAAGAGGUGGAGAUCUGGUACGAUUGAUGAAGAUUGUUGUGAUACCAAGAUUGAAGUAAGGAGUAGAGAUAAUGGAGAUUAUGUAGAUAAUUUGUAUAUCGAAUCAGAGAGAGAGAUGAAUAUUUCUGGUGACUCCUCAGAGAGUGUUAAGGUUUUAUGGUUAACUGCUUCUGAAAAUUGUAGGGUUGGUUGCGGAACAUUGGCUCUGAGUUUUGACGAAACUGGUUUUUUGAAUGUGUGCAGGCUGAGUUUAAGUUGCAGGGCAUGGUAA